AAGAAAGUGGUGUUCUUUAAAUAGGGAGAGCGGGCUCUUCCGAAGUGUGGGCGCCAGUGGUAUGUCGGGAGUUCAGAGCGGUCCUGAGGUCUCUGGCUGUGGGCUAUGUAUAGACGCCCGUACAAAAAGGCGCCUACUUACUAAUGGUCGGAUCAAUUGGAGAUGAUGUCUAUGGCGCCCAUUCGCACCCUCAGAGGUGCCCCCGUACUGGAAGGAGUAAUACAAUCGCCGGUACCGUCUGGAAGCUAUUCACGGCACUGUGGGACGAUCAAUGCCUCUCCAUCCCAUCUGUUUGCUCAAGGGCGUCGUAUCACGAUUCCUACGAGUAUGCUCCUGAUUCAUUAUAUCAUCAUCAAUUCACCCAUCUCACCUUAUAUACCAACUUGAGCGUCUUAUGUUCCUCUCCCCUCCUUUGCGACACCCCCCCUUGUCCCUGAAUGUUGCGGAGAUGCAAAGCACGCGCAUCCACUUCGACCCGCGCGGAAGACAUCAGUAUUAGUCGCAAGCGGAAGCGUUCUG